ACCACUCACAAAGAAACCUGAAAAUGAACGGCGUGAGUGGGAGUUGUGGCUGGAAAGCCCCCGUGAAAAUGUCCCAGACAGGGGAGGACACAACUGGUUUCCUAUAAAUGUCACUCUGUCCGAAGGCAGCAGAACAACGCAGCUGUCGAGUUAUUGUUGUUUCAGAGCAAGAAAAGGAUUCCUUUCCAGACUGUGAAAGUAAUUGACAUUUAUUAAAGGGCGAUACUGGCGAGAGAUCUGGUCGAAAUGAUGUGUCCACGCGCCCUGUUUUGUUGCAUUUUAUUACUGUUUCAGUGUUGUCAACUUGUCUCGAGCAGUAAAUGCAACCCUGAAAACCAAUACGCAAAAUUUGACAAGUGCUGCCAGAAGUGUUCGCCUGGCAUGUACGUGAGCAGGGAAUGCACGGUGGCCAAGAACACGGAAUGCCAGCACUGUGGUCCUGAUCGUUACCAGUCCCAGUGGAACACAUUGCAACACUGCCAGAUGCACAAAAUCUGCACCAGUAAUGGAGGAUUUGUGGUGGAAAAGAUUGGCACCAGUACCAGUGAUACAGUCUGUCAGUGCCAGGUUGGGAAGCACUGUGUCAAUAAGGACUGUGAGAUCUGUGAAGUGAACAGAGUGUGUGAACCUGGCUACGGAGUUGUGCACAGAGCAGAAAGUGGAAAUUUCACGGUCCCCGUGUGCGAGAUGUGUGAGGCUGGAUAUUACUCGAAUGUAUCUUCUAACCUGGAACCCUGCAGGAAAUGGAGCGACUGUGGUUCACUCCAGAUGCUGGUGAAUGGGACAACAACAAAGGAUGUGCAAUGUGGGACACUGGAAUCUCCACGCAAAGUGGUCUUAGUUGUGAUCAUUGCACUCCUUAGUGCAGUACUUACUGCCAUCGUACUAUCCUUCGCUAUUUACUCUGCACACAAUCAAGAGAAUCGAACCAAGAUACGGGGCACUAUUACCAGGCUGGUGAAGUGCAGCAGGAAAACUCAGUAUCCAGUCCAGGAGCUGACGGAGAAUGGGAAUAUCGUGGCCACGGCUGGGGAGGAAGACAAGAGCCCGGAUGUGAUGACUGAGCUUCUGCCGGUGUAGGCUGCCGCCGGAGGGAGGACUAUUGACGGCUGCAGCAGAGAUGGACAUGGCCGUGGUGUGUCAGUGUUUGCUGUGACUUUCUCCGUCUUGCCCCGCAGCUGUGAAGUUAUUAACUGUGACAUGUUAAUGCUGGCGUGUAACUGCUGACCCAGUGACAUUCAGCCCUGGGCUGCGUCUGGUGACAGUGCGAUGUCAUGCAUCAGCGGGCCCGGUGAGGGAACACAUAGACGGCUGUUUCAUUUGCAACGCCUGGACUUAUCUUUGCUUUUAUGUGUGGAGGCGAUAACUUGCCAGAUCCAAGAUGUUUGCUCCAGAGGAACAUUCCACUUCACCUUUUUUUGCUGACGUUCCUUAACAACCCUCCAGCCUGCUUCAAGGCAAAUAAGUGUGGAUGUAGGAGCAGCAGAAUUACUUCUGCAGAGAUUGCAUGUGGAAAUAAUCCUGUGGGCGCACGAUUGGACUUGCAGGCAGCUUUCAUUUCCCUCCCAUUAGUUUCCUCGCCCUCUUUCCCCUUCAAGUUCCAACCCCCUAUCUCCAUUCACGGUGUAUUCCCCUAGUGGUUCAUGCUG